UAAAGAUUGUUAACCCAUACUGAUACUAAAACUGUCAAAUUCUUCCAGCUGACUUUGGUGCUGCAUCGCUCAUGUGCCCAGCAAACUCUUUUGUGGGCACUCCUUACUGGAUGGCACCAGAAGUUAUUCUCGCUAUGGACGAGGGGCAGUACGAUGGGAAAGUGGACAUCUGGUCACUUGGCAUCACGUGCAUAGAACUCGCUGAAAGAAAACCUCCUUAUUUCAACAUGAAUGCUAUGAGUGCCUUGUAUCACAUAGCCCAGAAUGAUUCUCCUGUUCUCACUGGAGGUGACUGGUCUGACAUUUUUAGGCAUUUUGUUGAACUUUGUCUGCAGAAGAACCCGUCUGAUAGGCUUGAUGGUAGUGAACUACUACAGCAUGUGUUUAUAACUAGACCUAGAGCACAAAGAGUUAUACUUGACCUCAUACAACGUACCAAAGCAGCAGUACGAGAAUUAGACAAUCUGAAUUAUCGAAAAAUGAAAAAGAUUUUAAUGGUGGAUUCUCAAGAAAAUGAAGUUUCAACAGUGGACGGAGAAGAAGAUUCAACA